GAACAGAAAAGCGCGAACUCUAAAGAAAUUUUGUUGUUAAUUUAACUAUUUUAAUUAGCUCUCGUCAUUGGGAGACGAUACUUCUGGCCGAGCUUGACCCACUAGCAAUCAUGUCGCAGGGGGAUGACUAUCAGCUCGCCCUGAUGCUGCAGGAACAGCUGAACUCUGAGCCAGGGCAAAAUAGCUCAGCCAUCAGUGGCGAGAACAAAGUUGUGCAGGAUUCGGACUAUCAGAUGGCCCUAAAGCUGCAGGCCCUUCUGGAUUCGGAGAACGAGCGCGAAGAGGAAGGCCUGGCCAGCGACUUGGACACCAGUCUCCAGUUCGUAUACCCGUCCAAGCAGGCUAAAACUAACACAAUGAGCAACGGAAAUACUGCAAAUACUGGAAAGGGGAAGCCGCAACCGCCAGUGCGGGCCAUUCAGGCCAGCCAUGAUGAAUAUCUCAACCAGACGGUAAACCUGGUGCAUCCGCAGUGGGAACUGGUCGAUCCCACUCCUGACAUCUUCUCCAUGUUCCUCCGCUUCGACGAGAAGUUCUUCCAGAAGCGCCUGGGCGCCGUGGCCCUCGAGUGGAGCAAGCGGAUGUACUCGUGCGCGGGCAUCUGCUACCAGCGGGGCAAUCGAUUCGUCAAGGAGGUGACCAUCCGGCUGAGCGAACCGCUGCUCAAGCUGCGUCCGCGGAAGGAUCUCGUCGAGACGCUCUUGCACGAGAUGAUUCACGCUUACUGCUUUAUCCUCAACAUCCGCGAGGGCAACGGAGGUCAUGGGCCCAACUUCAAGCGCAUGAUGGAGACGAUAAACAAGGUGGCGGGCACGAACAUCUCCGUUUACCACACAUUCCACGACGAGGUGGCCGCCUAUCGUACACACAUAUGGCGCUGCACGGGCAUUUGCCAGGAGCGCACGCCCUUCCAGGGCUAUGUGAAGCGCACAGCCAACCGGCCACCCGGACCCAGUGACCAGUGGUGGGAGAAGCACACGCGCGAGUGUGGCGGCACCUUCAUAAAGGUGGGUGAGCCGUCCAAACCAUCCAAGCCCCCCAAGUUGGAGGCCAAGCCGAGGGCGAAGAAGGCUUUUCCUCCGCCGCCAGUGGCUGCGCCCAAAGAUGAUAUACGCAACUGGCUGGGCAAGCCGGCGGCCAAGAAGCCAGCCACCGAGGCUGCUUUGCUGGGCAAUCUGGUGGGCGCCAUGCCACCGACCUCAUAUCCGGGACUCUCCACCGAUCCCUUUGUCAUGCCCAAGCCGCCAGCUGCAGUCAAGCCGCGUGGCGCGAACAUUGUGAGCUUCGGCGAUCUCAACAGUAGUGGCGAAGGGGAUGACCAGCCCGCAGGAGCACGCCAGCCUGAGAUGAGCGGACAGGGCUAUAGCGUCGGCAGAGCCAGCUCCGGAGUGGUCAUCGAUAUUACCGGCACUGACAGUCCCAAUCCCACUCAACUGCGCAAUAUGCGUCUGGAGCGGUUUGGUCAGGCUAGUUCCACUCAGAAAUCCAAAGCAGAUGCAGAUGCGGUUGCAAAUGCAAAUGAAGAUGCAGCCAGAAAGCGACGCCGUGCUUCCAGUGAUAGCGAUAUAGUCAGCUGGGAGUCCUACGACGAUGAUGUGAUGGUCAGAAAUGUGGAAAUGCCCGUGAUUGAUCUGGAGGACAGCGAUAGCGAUCAGGAGCAGCAGCCGGAGAAGGAGGCUGCCAGGAAGCCAGGUGCUAGGCACACCAUGAGCAGUCUUGAGCGCACCCAGAUCAUCAAGCGUGAGGUGAUGGAGGACGAAUCGUCCUAUUCCGAGGACGAUAUCCUCUUCAUCGAUGACGAAUACGACGAUGGGGAGGCGGCGGCCAGCGAUGCCAGUCUCACGGCGGCCACCGAACUGGCCGACCAGUCAAUCAUCGACGAUCUCUUCGGGGAGGACACGCUGCUUCAGGAGUUCCAGCGCGAGAACUCCGUGCUGCCUAGUUGCUCGAACUACUCCAGCAAUGUGGACAACGACAUCGUCUCCUGUCCCAUUUGCUUUGAGAAGAUGAAGCGUACGCAGCUGGCCAAUCACUUCGAGGGCUGCAGCAUCACGGUGCGCGUGGAGUUUAAGGCGAAAUGGAGCCAGCCAAGUGCCACCACUUCCAACACCUCGAAGCCCUCCACUUCCCGUCGCUCCCAGCCAAAGCCAAAGCCAAAGUCGAAGCGCGCUGAGGCAAAGCAGAUUCUGCGCGAUGCCGGAUACACUAACACGGAGAUCGACGAGCUGAAUCUGAGCUCCUCCAGCGAUUCGGCCACCGUGCUGUCCAGCGAGGAUGACCUAACUCCCCGCCAGCGCCGUCAGCGCAGCUUGUUCAAACAGACCGUGUUCUGCCCAAAAUGCGGCCAGGAGCUGAUGGGCCACCAGAUGAAGGUGCACCGCUCCGUUUGCCAGGCCAAUAAGCGCUAGGCUGCCACCCUCAAUCUCACCUCCAUUUCGUGAAGCUAUCUACGUAUACGUUAUGCAUAUAUUUUGUUGUAUUGUUUGAAUACCAAUUUCAUUUUCGUUUGUUAAUCCUCUGUGAAUACAAAUUAUGUUACAAGA